CUUCGUUGUUCAUCCAUUACAUUGUCUCCGACAUAUGAAUGAAUAUAUGUGUAUAGAAGAUGUAACAUUUUUCGUACAUCCCAGGUCAACUGCAUAUCGACGGAAUUCACAGCUAAAAAGCACGGCGGAGAGAAGGGUGUGCCGUUCCGCAUACAAAUCGAGACCUAUCUCGCCUCUGACGAUCAAAACAGACUACACGCGGCCGCUUGCCAGAUUAAGGUAUUCAAGCUAAAAGGGGCGGAUCGCAAACACAAGCAAGACAGGGAAAAGGUCCUAAGGCGGCCUCGCUCUGAUCUGGAUAAGUACCAGCCCGGCUGCGACGCCACCGUGCUUACCACGUUGUCGAACGACGCCCUAAUGCCGCCCCCCUCCCUGGUGACCACUUCGCCUCCAUACUCUCCGGAAUUGUGUGUCGCCCCGAAGUCACUUGCAAGCCCGAUACUGGUCAACAAGCCAGUCCUAACGCAGCCUGCAAUUCUCACUUCACCGAACCAGAUGAAACCGCUGUACUGCCAAGACGGUGGCGACGUGAAAGUGAAUAGCCCGCCGUGCCACUCGCCCGGCGCGAUCUUACCUGACCUGCCACAACCAGCCGAAGACCCUGAUAAGAACUACGGCCUGUCCAAGGAUGCGUCAUCCUCUGAGACCCAGGCGUGGUUGUCCCGCAACCGCUUCGCUCAGCACGUCGCUACCUUCGCCAACUUCUCCGGGGCCGAUUUGCUGAGACUGUCCCGAGAUGACAUAAUACAGAUUUGCGGCCUAGCUGACGGCAUUCGUCUGUUCAACGCCUUGCAUGCCAAACGUAUCGAGCCUCGCCUGACACUGUACGUGUGCGUGGUGGGUAAUGGCAGUGGCAGCAGCGGGAGUGUCCACAGCGCUCUGUAUCUACACUCGGCCCGCGCUCAUGAAUUAUUAUUGAAGCUAAGAACGUUGCUGUCUCAUACACAGGACUACGAAACAGUGCUCGUGUCCGGACCAAACAAUGCAAGGGUACGUCUCACAGAUGAGCUUGUCCGUCAUCUACCGGACAACUCCACUUACCGUUUGGAAGUAAUCGAAGACAACGCACUGCUCCUGAGUCCCACUGGCAACUGACAUUAAAAUAAAUGCCAACUGACAAUCGCUGGCAAACAAUGUAAAUGCCACAUGACAACUGGCAUUUCAAUGUCAUUAAUGAUUGUCAGGAUUGGCAAGUAACAACAAACUUACAACUGGCAACUCGAAGAAAAUAAAAGCCACAUGACAACUGCUUUAUUUGAAAUGUCAUUACAAUUCAGGAUUGGUAAAUGACAACAAAAUUACAACUGGCAAUUUAAGAUUACCAUGAUGUCGAUAUUAGCAGGAAUAAAGCCAAGAGUUGUAGUUGUAAAAAAUUCUUAGCAGAGCAUUUACUUUAAACAUAAAACCAUAUACUCACUCUGACAUUGGCAAAUCCUCACGGGAGCCGUUAUACCAGAAGAAGAAGAAGUAGUUGUAAAAAACAGAUGUUGACAACAUCAUUAUUGGCUAUUGGCAACUGUUUCGCAAGAAACAACAAACUGCCAUUAAAGGAAGAAAAUCA